GUAGUUAAAGACCGUCACAAUAUACGCCUGGAAAAUUUGGCAUAGCUAUAACCAAAUUUAACAUGUGUAAAGGUCCUAAAAGUAAAAAUUGUAGCGUAUGGAGUUAUCGUUUAGUAAACGAAACAUAUUUGACUUUCGAAUCAAAUAUAACGGAAAGUGUACCAUCUCUGAAAGUUAAAAUCAUAAUGUCAUCGAAUGAUAAGGUGAUGUUCAGACUGCAAACAAAUAAAAUGUGCGAACAUCUCUAUCUGAGGCCUCUCUUGGAAUCAUUUUUCAAUGUUACACGUGAAUGUAUCAUUCAGAAGGGUCGUUACUUCUUUGCAGCGGAUAUUGAAAAAAUUGCGCAGAAUUACUACGGAGGGUCGUUUAUAUACGGAAAUUUAACAUUCAAAUCAGUUUUUAAUAACAAUGUGUGCAAUUUAUCCUGUGCCAUCAUUCAUGUAAAUUUAUAUCCAAAAAAAUUAUAAAUAAAGCAAAAUAUAAAAUACUUAUUACAGUUACGUUUUAAUUUACUAGCGACUUGUCCCGGAUCCUUCUUUUUAUUUUUAAAAUCGAUUAAGUUUUUUUUUUUAUAUUUACAAAGAAUCAAACCUUUAUUUUCUUUAUAAUAUUUGUUUUAAUACUAAUAAGGUGUAGAAAAUUUAUGUGUAUAUGUGUGUAAACAUAGUAAAUUUAUUUUAACUGAAAUUAAUAAAAAAAAUCG